GUGCGGAGACAGAAGUGCGUCUGAUAAUUAUACUUCGCCGACUUUGACAUUCGAUAGCCACUCAGGUGACGUUCAUCCUUCAAUGUCCGCUCUCUCAUCUCGCCGCCGUCGCUCACACUUCUUGCACGUCUCUCAUCUGGCCCGCGAGGUGGUCGACCUCCCUAGACUAACUACCCAAUACAGCUGGACUGAGUUGUAAUAACACACUGGUAUACAUGCUGAUUAUUGGACCUACCUUCAGGCUUCAUACACCCGCACCAAAUUCGUACGUCUGCAUAGAGUCGUACUUGCUUGUGCACCGUAAAUCUAUUGUUGGUGAUAGACCUCGGUACGUACGCCAUACGGACGUUCUUCAGUCGUUCUCUGGCGGCACUCGAUUAUUCAGCGGAGCUUCAACCAUUCGGCUGUUUUGAGGUGGCCCGAAAAGGUCGUGCGCGGCGUGGCAUCGUAAAGUGCGAGGAACAGCUGAUCGGUUUCGAUUGAUUGGCAUAUCUGAGAGAAGGGUGGACGGACAAGAUGUUCGAAAAAAUAUUUGGAAAGAAGGGUGCCCCCAGGAAAGGAGAUAAGAACAGUAUCAAUCCCUUCGAUGGCAAGUUUCUGUCGUGUGCUGCGCAACCAUGUCCUCCUCCUCCACUUUUCGUUGGACGCGACGGGUUGGACUCCAUCCCCCUAGAGGGGUGUUCUCUAUCAUCAGCAACGGUGUUUGGAAGUGAAGGGUCCACACUGCGCGACCGAGGACGUCGAAGUGUAGAACCGCGGGUCUCACAUUCGUUCGGCGCAUCAGGUCAUGGGGAGGGGGGUGUAUUGGAUGAUGCACGUCGUGCCUUUGUCAGGGACACACAUGACCGUAAUUCCGCCCGUCGCUCUCUCGUCUCCCGGUUCGAUGAGGAUGACAUUGUGUGUGGUAGCGGAGAUGGGCCCGACCAUUGCGAUCCUGCUGCUCAAAAUGUUGGUGCGGGUCCUUCAGAACACUCGGGCGGGUCCUUGGGGCAAUUCGGUUCGCAGUCAACUGGUUCCGCGAAGUACUCUCGUUUGUUCCUGACGACCACUUGCAAGGAGAGACUGCGCCUUUUACAAUCUGCGAUGAAAGAAAUGAGCGACAAGUCUGGGGUCAUGAGCGAUGUCGUCGACCGAAUGUUGCAUUGGUCAUUGCCAGCCAUCCGGUUAGAGUUCGGGGACGGUGUGGCGUCGAGGAUCGAGAGAACAAUACCGGCCCACAGUCGUGCAGAUGUGUUUCGUCUCGGAGCAGGAGGGGAUGAUUCGACAGCGGACGCUGAGGAUGAUGGCGAGCGUGAGGGUGAAGGGAGCGGUGGAGGCAAUGGCGGGUCAUUUUGUGGGUCGGAUGAUUCACUACCGCAUUCAGGGCACGGGUCACAGCGUGGCCGCAGAUCUCGCGGGCGGCCACCAAGCCGUGGCAGGUCGCGUUCUCAUUUCGAACAUGUACGUCCUUUGUGCUGGGAUGAUUCGAAGGAUGGUGCUUUGCAAAGCGGACCUUGCAAUAAUCGGUCUGCACAUAUGUUGGAAUCGAUGGGGCAGUGGGAAGGCUCGAAAACGCCUGAUGUCGUCUUCGUGGAGCCGGUGAAGCUGCUGCAGUUGCUCGGGUUGUUCGAUUUGAGUUGCCCGCGCCACGGGGCCGGUUGUGCUGUGGAUGUGUCCUCUGUCGGUUAUCCUGGGCAGAUUUGUCGCAUUUCGCUCGCUUGUAAGAAGUCUUGUCGUUGGACAUGGCACAGUGCACUGGUUGUGGGAGUUGUGUACUCUUGCAGACCUCAGCAGCAACUGUUCCAUGCGACCGUUAGUGCGGGUAUGACAUAUACCGUCGUCCUCAACGACUUCUGCAUCGCGCUUGGGGUGGCACCUGUGCAUAAGCCCACUUUUUACAGUUGCAUGCGCGGUGAGCCGAAUGUGCGUGAGGGUUGGAAUGCAAAGGUUGUCAGGCAGGGCGUGCGGUAUUGCGACUUGGCCAUUGACACGAUCAUGCGAUCAGGGAGACCCGUCACUUUGAUGGUUGACGGUCGCUACGACUCGGCCAGGUCUGCGCAGCAUUGCACUGUUACCGCGAUUGAGUGUGAUACUCGUCUUGUGGUGGGUGUUCACACUCUUUGGCCGAAACAGGAGGGGAAGGCGUCGAACCAACUUGAGGUUCCUGCUGUUGUGCGCCUUUUGAGAGGCUUGCUGUCGAGGGGGUUUAAGAUCCAGUGUGUUGUCUCCGACGAUUGUGCUGCAUUGGGUCCACAGUUGGAGCGUCUGGGUAUUGAAUGGCAGAAGGAUUGCCAUCAUAAGCUAAAAAAAAUUUGCAAGGCACUUAGAAAAGUCGUGACACUGAAGGUGCCAAAGAAAUUGAACAACCCUCAUCAGUGCGUGUCGGAAUCUCAGUUUAUGCAGUUCACGAAGAAGAAGCUGUUGGAUGCCUUGACGGACCGUUAUGGACCAGGGUGUUUGACGGCAAAAGAAGAACAAUUGAAGAAGAGCGACUUCGUCGCUGUUGUGAUGAGCAAAAUGUACCCGUACGACACGAUAAAAAACAACAAAACCUUGGUCGUGGAUGCAGAUGGUGUGAGUGAGUUCCAUAUGCAUGAGGUGGGGCAUUGGUUUCUUCGUGCUUCCCAGCUUUGCAGAGAUGAGGGCGGGGACUUUGUCACUCUGCACAAUGAUGUCAUGAUGAUCACCGACCAUUGGGCCGGGGACCACUCCAGGUGCGUUGCGGACAGAGAGCUUCUAUGCUUAAAGGCGGGUGGCUCAUCUCGGCUGCCUUUGUACACGCACGACGACCCUGUGUAUGACAUCAUUCGCCAGACGUUGGGCAGGCAUUGCAGCACGACCGUUUAUUCGUACUACACGGAGUUCCGUCACACGUCGAUGGUUGAGACCUUCCAGGGCACAAUCAUCAUUUACGCGAAGAAGGCCUUGCACUUCGAAAAGUCGCGUGAGCCGCGUUUGGCGAUUGCAGUCAUUCGAUGGAACAGUCAUGCAUGGCAGGAUCCCUUGGAGUAUCGUGUCCGCAGGCCUUCUGGAACUUCGAUUCGUCCAAGGUCGAGCCACUACCGUCACAAUUGGCUACCUGCCGAUUCGUUGAUGGAUCGGUUGUCCACGUUCAUCUUCGGUUCAAAAUGCGUUUCAGAUUGGGCUCGAUGCCUUCUCGAGUACGACGACUGUGAUGUGUCGGGCGAGGUCGGGUCCUCGACACCUCCUCUGCCUCGCGAUCUUUUUUGCAGAGGCGAGGAUACCAUUGCCCGUGACGAGGACGACGUUGCUUCAGGUGCGGAUCCCGACGUUGUAAGGGAUGACGAUGUUUUCAUCAUUGGUGAUGAGGAUGGGUUGCCUGCACAGGCGGAUGCCGUGUCCGAUCGAUCAUGCAAUUCUCUAUCGGACGCACAUGAGACUUUUAUGUACCUCGAAGAUGGAGAUGGAGCGAUGGUGCGACAGGAUAGUGAGGACUUGGCGGAAAUGCUGAAGGUGAGACUCAAAGGUGGGGCUAUAGACAAGGAUAUCAUUGAGGUAAACGACGACACAAACUUCGAGGAGGUCGGGAAAGAUAUGGUUCAUGGUGGAUUGAAAUGUGGCGGGGCGUUGGUGGGUCCGAUUGGGCACCACGAGGAACUCGUAGUGCCCGAAGCGAGAAUGAAAUGUGGUCUUGUGGGUGUCCUUGCGGAUGCAGAUCUGAUGAAAGUCAUUGCGAAGGUCAAUUUUGUUUGGAGGAAGUCGCAGCCCAUGCAAGUCACCUUGGCCGACGGUCACACGCACAAGUCAAUCGAUCGGUGCAUUAAUUCCGUCCCUGUGUACUUCGCCCCGCAUGCAAGCAAGGCCGUAUCCUUUGACGUUUUGGACACCAAGUUCGACAUGAUUUUGGGCAUGUCGUGGCUGCAAAGCGAGGAUCACCCGGUGAACUUCUACUGCCACGCUGUUCACAUUCGUGAUGGGAACGGUAUACUCGUCCCGUGCAUGGGUCCUCCACCUCACCCUUCGAUCACUGUGAGGUGGUGUCCGCCGCGAGCAUUCGAGCUUCCAUCACAUGGGACGACGUUGAGGAGAUGGGCUUGUGUUUUCUCCACGCCCUCCCUCCCCAUGACAUCCCAUCGACGGACGCCUCGACGGACCCACGCAUCACCAAGCUUCUCGACGCCUAUGGUGACGUUUUCAGAGUCCCGCACGGAAUCGUACCGGAUCGACCAAUCUGCCACGAGAUCAUUCUCGAGGCCGGGUCUGUACCUCCGCAUCAACCGGGAAAAUUGUGAGUUUGGCCGUACCCGGAUCUUGUAUCUGGGUCAUGAGAUUUUCGCGGAGGGAUUGAAGCUCGACGACACAAGGGUGACCAACAUUCGUGACGGGCGGCGUCCUCAGUCUGUGACUGAGGUAGAGGUCUAUGAGGCUAGCCGCACAUCGGACGUAGAACCUCCGGAGCUCAUAGAGGGAGAACUGGUGGAAUUUACGAUCCCUGCGCGAGGUAACUACUAUACGGACGGCCAAUUCGGAUGGCGAUCAGUCGUUCUGUCUGCAGACGCGUGGCUCUGGACGUACAGAGAGGCCAGGCCGGGUCAGGAGCGAGGGUUAGUGAGAGCAUACCUGUACUUGGGGCUGGACGCGGCUAAGGACACUGCCCUGAGUCUCGUGACUUCGGGCACUAGCUAUGCUAUCAGCAGAGCCUUGCGGUGUCUUCGAGACGAGGUACCCGCCUUUCGAGCGGACGACGCACAAAACCCGUUGACGUUGUUUCACAGGCGACCUCCUCUUGAUAUCGCAGGUGAGCUCGUGAUAGCUCGUGAUCGAUACUUUUCGUACGGCUCCUCGUGUCUGAGAGCGAUAGUUCCAGCAUUCGUCGUGGACUCCAUUUUCGGAGGGAUAGGAGGAGUAGUCAUGGCAUACCUCGCUUUCCGGGAGCUUGAGGUCUUUGGCAGAGGGUACCACGACCUGGACUACCUGUACUAUUCUCUAGCGACAGGAGGCCUUCGCGGGGGAGACGAGAGGGUUCAGCUUAUAGAGCUGAUCCGCUCUAUCGGUGACGAGUGGCCUCAGCCGCUGUGCGUUUGGGACUGGUUGGAUCGAGAGCUCCGAGCUGGCCCCGAGUACGUGACUUGCAUAGGGAGUCUUUUCUCGGACGACUGGGGCGGCUGGUGGAGUGAGGACGUAGGACGACCUCUGAUAUACAGCCAUCAGCUGGCACGAUACUAUCAGGCUAUAGGACAGGCCCCAUAUCGCGUCGAGGACGAGUUCGACGACGAGUGGUGGGAGCGUGAGGAUGACGAGGACGCGUGGGAGUCUGAUUGGGAUGACUCUGACUCGGAGGAGGAGCUCGACGAUACUGACGCCCACUUCCCUAGGAUAGGGGUCGCCACGAGUACCUAUCGGACAUCGCCAGACAAAGCCCUACGCGAGCUCAAGGAGCGUAUUAGGCCACUCAGGUGUGCACAACCUGACGACGGCGAGCCCGAAGUGAUGGGCGGGCCGAUUCUCGCAGAGCUGGAGAGACCUCUGGAGAGACCAUCAGAGAGGCCUCUGGGGAGACCAUCAGAGAGGCCUCUAGAGAGGUCCUUGGAGAGAGAGAGGGCGCAGACUGCAGCUUGGAUCGAGGUCAGGACGGAACCUCCGAGUUAUUGGAGAGAUUCUCGAGAUUCUCGCCGUUCACCUACGUACGAUCGUAGCGACAAAGGAGAUAGACGCCGAGAUGAGUGGCGUGAGCCACAAGGUCGCGAGCCAGCGUGGAGAGAUAGAGACAGGCCUCAUGAGAGGGGUACGUCACCGCGACGGGUCUUUGACCCACAGACAGGAAAGCAGAAGGUGAUACUCCGAGAACUUCCCCAUGACGAACUAGAGUUCACGGCCGUACUCAAGCUGGCAAUGAAGGCCGAGGCUGAUGACUACAAGGAUCUGGUCUGGAAGGGGUUAAAACAGAGGGAUGUCCCCCUCUUUAGGGAUUAUGAGACUGAUCGAUGCCCAGACUUUCAUGAUCAACCAUGGGCGGAUCGUCGGUUCCAGUUCGAUGAGGAUAGACCGAGCCGUUCACGAGAUUUAGAGUCAAUGAUGGCAGAGAUGAGGACGAUGGGUAUUACAGGGGUGGACAAUUCGAGCAGUACCCACGGGGCCCUAGGUACGACCGGAAUCCUGAUGGUUUCCAGAGCCCUGGGAACUUUACGCACAGGGAUGGAGGAGAUGGAGGAGAUUCUCGCGGACAUUGGGAACCUGAUCGGGAUCGCAGAGACGGAUAUCGUGAAGGAUAUGAUAGGGCGGACAGAGCAGGAGACAGACGUGCCGACUCCAGAGGAGACAGGCUCCAUGAUUCUCGAGGAGAUCGGCGAGAUGAUUCCCGUGGGCGAUAUGACUGAGGAGGAUAUCCUACGUUGUCAGGGUAUCCCAGGUCUCCAGGAUCAUCCAACCCACAUGCCAGAGCACCGGGAGGACCGCCGCCUAGAGGACUGCCCCGAUCUCAAGCGGGCAAUAGACGAGGAGAUCGUAGUGCUUGACAACCGAAAGUACGUCAAGUGGGCGGAUGACCUAGGAGAUGUCUCAAUGUUUCCCUCGAUGAAGGAAAACGUCGACGCCAGACGAGUACGCCCCAGCAAAGGGAAGGAAGUAGCGAGGAGUCGGAGCAUCAGGAUACUGAUGUCGUCGGACGAGGACGUGCCUACGACGCCUAUCCGAGUUGCGGCGACGAAAUCUGCCAGACCAUCAUCAUCAAAGAAGACGGAUACCGAUUAUGUGAUGGCAAAAAAGGAUGGACAGAGGAUCGAUGGACAGGAAGUAAUACUGUCACCACGGAAGCGCGGAGCUCGCAAGUUCACAAUGAAGAGCUCAUUGGAUGAUAUUGAUACAGUGGAGCUUUCGAGUGUGACCGCCAAGGCAGACCGUGCGGCGACGAUGUUCCUUGAUGGUAAGGAAGGGGUACCUCCCGACAAGUUUUAUAUCCUAGGGAGCGGGACGGUCGAUGUCAUUCUUAACGAUGAGGAGACCCUUGAAGGGGUGAUCGACAAUGGAAGUGAGGUUGUUAUUAUAGACAAGGGCCUCGCUGUACGGCUAGGGCUCGACUUAGACAGAUCCUACCAUUUCGAUAUCGAGACUGCAGCGGGAAAGAAGCAGAAAGUCACCGGUGUUUGUCACAAGGCGGCGAUAGAGGUCGACGGAUUGCGCGUUCAGAUGCCAGUGUUUGCUGUCAAGGGCUGCAGUUCGGAGCUACUCUCAGGACGCACCUGGCUGAGUCACGUUCAUGCUGUCACGAUAGAGCGACCAGACGAGAGCCAGAUGCCAUCGAUUAAACGACCAGACAGUGGUCGGAUUAUGAUAGAGAUGGUCGAGCCUCGCGAUCCAAGGAACAGAGCAGCUUUAGCCGCCAAAGGAGAGCCUGACAGGAUUGCCCUCGGUAGUCGUUCCUUCAAGUUCCGUGAGAAGAAAUACGGACUGCUACUGACCGAAGAAGAAGGGCGCGUCGUCGAGAUCGAGGACCUGGGCAGCCGUAUCCUCGUGAAUGGGAACUCCUAUCCAAAGGACGAAGAUGAGGAAUUCGGAGGGAUGAUCUCCAUGGACAUAGGAGACGGGAACUUGACAGAGCAGGAGAAAGAGCGAGUCGUGGAGGUUCUUAAGACGUGCGACACGGCUAUAGCCUUUAGUGACGCUGAGAGGGUCAGGAUUGAUCCUAGGUUCGCGCAACCUGCCAGGAUCUACACGGUCCUACAUACCCCAUGGAAUGAUGUCGGAUGGAAAUUUGCACGGAAAGAGGAGGAAGUGAUAGCCUUCCUGAAAGAGAAGAUGGCGUCUCAUGUAGCUGAGCCAUCCGACAGUGCAUACGCGAACAGAUGGUUUUUCAUACAAAAACCGAAUGGGAAGAUUCAGUGGAUUCAGGAUCUUCAGAAAGUGAAUGCGGUUACCAUUAGAGAUGUCGGAUCUAUACCUCACGCAGAUCUACUAGCAGAAGUCGCCGCUGGUAGAUCGAUUUAUUUGGUCUGUGACCCAUUUUCAAGUUAUGACGAGAUACCAUUGGACCCCAGGGAUAGGCAUCUCAAGACAAUGCACACGCCAGUCGGACUAGUCCGAAUGAUGGUGGUGCCUAUGGGGUGGACCAACGGAGUCGCAGUGUUCCAGAGAGCCAUGCUGGUUGUCCUGAAAGACUUUAUACCGGAUAAAGUUGAAGUCUUUCUAGACAACUUCCCGAUUAAGGGACCAGUACUUAGAGAUGAGACCGAGGUUGCGCCUGGGGUCAGGAGAUUCGUAGAGCAGCACUUGACAGACAUUUGUGCUAUACUUGAGCAGCUAGAUGAGGCAAACCUAACGGUUGGUGGAACAAAGAGCAGGUGGGCGGUAUCGUCGAUCAAGAUAUUGGGCUUUAUCUGUGAUUCGAAAGGACGAUGCGCCAAUCCAGCUAAGCUAGACAAGUUUUUGAACUGGCCAACACCGUUACACAGUGUGACGGAAGUUCGUCAGUUCCUGGGUGUCAUGGGGUACUGGCGGGUUUUYAUACGAGCAUACGCGGAGAAAGCCGAACCAUUGCAGACUCUCCUUAGGAAGACAGAUAAAUUUUACUGGAAUUCCUCUCAGGAGCUUGCCGUUUUGACACUUAAAGAAGAAUUCAAGGAAGACGGCCGAAUCUUGGGGGUGCCAUUCUUCGACGACGAGACCAAUAGGCCAUUCAUAGUGUCUACGGAUGCUGGGUCAUGCUCAGUCGGAGGACUACUCUCGCAGAAGGACGCUGAUGGGAAGGAAAGACCGUUGAGAUUUGAAAGUCGAACGCUCAACACAGCAGAACACAACUACAACCAGUUAAAGAAGGAGGUAUUGGCAGUCUUACGAUGCCUGGACACGUUUAGGCAUUACAUUUAUGGACGACGAUUCAUCCUACGGGUAGAUCCUACUGCGGUAGCAUCAGUCUUACAGAAGGACUUCACCUUGACCGAUCCUACGAUCGCCAGAUGGCUGAUCAGGAUACGACUCUACGACUAUACUGUCGAGAGAAUCUCGGGUGCAAAGAACGCUGUGGCUGACGGACUUUCACGCAUCCCGAUUGAGGUCGAGCGGCCGAUAGUGGUGACAGCAUUAACAAUAACUGAACCCAGACGCACCGAUCAGUUCUUAGUGAAUCUUUAUGCGGGGAAACACUGUGCGAUCGGGUUGCACCAGUCUGGUGAGGAGAGUUCAGAUUCAGAAAUUCGGAGACAGGAAGCUCAGUACUGCUUGAGGGCCGGACAUUUGUUUCGCAGACCCAUUGGAUCAGGGAUGCCUCUCAGAGUAGUUCGCGAUCCAGAGGAGAGGCAGGAGAUAAUAGCGGAGCUUCACGACGGGGUAGUCGGUGGACAUAGAGGAGUGAAAGGAACGUACGAGAAAGUCCGUAGAUUAUAUUGGUGGGAAGGACAGUAUACGAAUGUCGAGAAAUACUGCGUGACCUGUGAGGGCUGUCAGAAGAGGUCCCUUGUCAGAUAUAAGGAACCGCUUCAUCCGUCCUAUCCAACCAGACCGGGCGAAAAAGUGCACAUUGAUCUAGUGAAGAUGCCAAGAGGCGUCGGGAAUAUGAAUUAUCGAUUUGUUCUCAGGUCUGGGACCACUACGGCAGUCUAUUUCAGGCUCGGGACCGGUGAUCUAUUCAGAGUGCUGUGUGUGACAUGUUCAAACCGAAAGCGGACUUUGGUAGACGCUGUAGUGCUAGUUUCUUGCAACCAGCUUAGAAUCUAUGGUCGCAACAUGGGGAAUUUGCACCUUAUGUACGAGAACGGACAAUCCGAUUUUGAGAUUGCCGGUCAAAUUGAUGAGGUUUAUAAGUGGCAUGAGGUAGAGCAUGUGGCAUGUUGUGUGCGUGACGCCAUUGGCGCAGCUGGCGGGGGUACUGGUGCGGCUGGAACAAGAUCCCUCAGAUUGCUCGGACACGACGGCGCUAAGUGGAUCAUGCGGAAGAAGAAAGUCAAAAACGUAAAGCCUGGGGUUGCAUACAUCCAUAAUGACAAGCUGGGCAGGAAGGAGGUCGUAUACAACGUCCCUGUGGACCCGCCAACAAAGAAAGGCAAAAAGGAGAAACAGGAGGGCGAGUGGUUCGUGCAAGUACCAGAGCCGGACGCGCAUUGUUGGAAAACGAUGGAGUCGCUGACAGACAACGAGAAGUGUCGCAUGCUGAAAAAGGUGCUCGAUUGCGAGGUGGUUUGGGUACAGGCCGGCUCCCCAGCGUUGACGAAGCUCAGAAAGCUGAGCGUCCAGCAGGUGGUGAAUUUGGUGAACUGCAACCGGGUGCUGGUGCAUCUGUUGAACUACUACCAGUUCAAGCACGAUAAAAGGUCGCACGUGGAUUGGAGCUCAAGGUUCCCGUUCCUGAAAUCGAGGUCCGCAAUUUUUAGACAGUUUGAGAGUCGUGGUUUGGAUGCUGAGUUGUGGGACGGGAGCACGAAAUACGUCACUGACUCCUCGCUGUUCAAGGACUGCCCACCCUACAUGGGCUGCGAUGACGACAGAUCGAUCGAGGCGACCGAGAAGCUGGCCGGUCACAAGAAGUUGUCCGUCAACUGGAGGAAUAAGGUCCUGUCCGUGUUGACUGGCAGUAGACUGGAGAGUCGAGAGAUCGCGCUCGCCGAAGGCAUUGUGCACAUAAAAUGGAAUGACACGGGCGACGUGACAUCCAUCGCGUCAUUCGGCAACGACCCCUUGGAGGCAGACAUAAGGAAUGUGGAGGUGAAGGAGGCAGUGGUUGCCACAAAGAGUCACACGUUCGUCCUCGAUCUGUGCGAACCGACGUGGUGUCCGUUGCAUUGGACGCUCGUUGUUUUUGUCCCGCGGCAGCAGAACCUCUCCUUUCUAGCCAGCAUGAACCAUCUUUCUUUCGUCAAGCUGCUGGAAGGGAAGUGGGUGAGGAGGAGUCAACAGAAGAAAAGCUUCCCCCUGGGGAACAAUUUGUACACGGAAGACGACCGGAUGUACAUACUUUUCAAAGGCGACGAUUUGCGGGCCAACACGUCCGUCGUCUACGAGGGGAAACUGCCGGCAGGCGCCGCUGCUGCAGUGCGGGUACAACGGAAGGUUACGCAAACGGAUGUGUCCGACAUCCCGUUCAACCCUUGCGACUGGUCGCAUACCUCGCCUGCAUGUCGGGGCAGUGUGUACGGGGACAUGGAACGCAACCCCGCACAAUUCGUUCAGCUUCUUGAAUCUGUCACCAAGAAGGAGGAGGGUGUCGUCUUCCUCGGGAAGCCACACGCGCCAUCAGUCUGGGAAGUACUGAAGGCAGGACGGCACGUCAUCGCGAUGGAAGGGAACUCCGAGCUCUUGCAAUUUACAAUUGAUCUCGUCAAAAGCGAGGUCAAUUCGGGUGCCCACAAUUGCGAGUUCAUGGUCAUCACCGAGACUCGGGCUCGCGCGUGGAACAACAAGACGGACAUGUGGUUCAAGUUGAGUGCGAGGAAGCGGAACAAGAUAUACGACUUCUUGUUCCUGCAAACGCGGCCGAAGAGAGACACUCACGUCGAGUACGUGCGCCGCAAGGACCACAUGUUCACGUUGCUCGACAACUACCACAACGCCUCCCGCAUGAACGUGAAGACCUUCCUCGAGAGGUUGCAGUCCCUUUACUUCGUGGAGUCUGAGGAGGAGCAGACGUUCGGCAGCUACUCCUCCUUGAUCUCCACGGAAGACGAGGAGACCACCGGCAUCGAGUUUGACGCGACCGCGGACGAGGAGGGCAGCGACACCGAAAGCUUCGACCUGCAGUACGACCAACAUUCCGCGCAGCACGCUAUACUUGGCAGGUCCGUCGACAAGCCCAGCGUCCCUCGUGUCACCGAUGGCGAAACCGGCGCCUGGCACUACCCCGAUGAAGUUGCUGCAAAGAAUGCAAGCUCUGGCCUGCGGCCAUCGCUCACUGUGUCCCGGUCUGACAUCCCGCCCGAUCAUUUGUCUUGGACGAAUGCCAACAUUCACUUCCUGCCAGAGCCUCAAAGUCGUUCCACGGAGGUGGACUGGGGCCAUGACAUGAUUUGGCAUCCAGGAGUCAUCCAGCUGGCGAUCCAAAAGGGUGAGUGGAUCGUGGCGGUCGCUGUCCCGGACGGAGGAUGGAUGCCACUCCCUCACGGGUCGAAGUCUGACUUCCUCGACAUCGCUAGAAUUGCGGUCCUCCAGAAAGUGAGGGCCGAGAAUGACUCUUUCGCACCCGAAGACGUGUCCAUCAUUUCCACAGUCGGGCGAUUGUUCGCCGAACUUCAGGACAAGUGCUGGUUGGAGCUGACGGAGGACUACUACGACCUCGACACGAGCCCCUCGAAAGGAAGGGUGGACUGGAAAAUCCCCCCUCCCAGUGGGACGCAUGUAAGUACAGGGUCCCAGGGACCGGACGGUGGGGAGAACGAGGGCGACGACGCUGGGGGCGGCAAACGAGUCCCGGGGCGACAACACGAGGGUGACGAGGCUGAGGGCGGGUCUCAGGGCGACACCACGACAGCGGAAGGCAGCGGCGGGGUGGCGGGCGAGGCCCUCGGGCGUCAGCGGUCUACCGGUCCCGGUCCAGAAGGCUCGGCACAGUCGGCGUACGUGCCCAGUUCAUCCGCCUGCUCGGUGAUGGCGGCCUUGGUUGCUCUCCGUGCCGGCUCGGUCGAAACGUUCAAGUCCGCCGGGAUCCGAACUUCAAUGCUUGUAGAGCGGACAAAGUGGACGGACGAGCAGAGCUGGUCAGGACCGGGGGUGGCGAGUCGUCAUCCCAAAAUAGACAGCGGUGCGGUGAGGGACGGGACUUCGACGCCUGCGGGGGAUCGCCAACCGCUUCGGUCGGAGCGAGAGGGUGCGUGUGGAGGGCCCGGCGACAGGGAGAUCGCUAAGGAGACGGCGAAGUUCGCCGGGAUCCGAACUUCUUCAGGCAAGGCGUGUGGAGGGCCCGACGACAGGGAGAUGGCGAAGUUCGCCGGGAUCCGAACAUCUUCAGGCAAGGGGGGCCAACCAGGGAUAUUGGUGCAGGCGGGAGGGGCUGCGUGCGGCGGGCGGGAAGCGCAUUCGUCGGAAAUCGACACGGGUUCGGGCGAAGUGGCUGCAUUGCAUGCAGGGGAAGAAGGCAGGGUGAUGGACAAAGGGAAGGAAGUGGAGGAAGGAGACACAGGGGAGGAAUUGGAGGAAGGAGGGGAUAAAGGGGAGGAAGAAGAGAAUGAAGGAGAGGAAGGGGAAGAAACGGAGUUGGCUGGGUUGUUAGGAGGGCAGGAGGGGGAAAAAGGUAAACUCGAUAUAGGGGACGGCGAACGGACUUUUGGCGACGACGAUGACAGAUCUGGGGAGUCGUCUGACGGAUUCCGGCAGCUAUACGGAGAACACCGCGAGGAAGACGACGACGACGAUGACACGGCGCUGGGUAUGGAGACACAGGUGAUCACAACCCUUUCGGCAGAACGUGAUGAUUAUGAGGUCGAAGCAAUGACGUCUGGCGUCGAUCUCCAACACCGGUUCAACGAAGCUCGUGUAGCAGUCAGCCUGACUAAACCGAGUGUGCGUAUUGACAUCGAAGAAGUUAUCGACGGCAUCCUGGGCGACCACCACAUGUCCGCGCAGCCUUCCUCGACGCCUGGUGUCGACGACCCUCUCGACGUCAAACCUUCCGGGGGAUCUGUCGUCGAUUUCUCGCCGACGAACUCUCCGAUGCUGCCGCCGACCAUCGCCAGCGGAGGAGAAGGCGGGAUCGGGGGACGACAAGAUGUCACAUCCCCCAAAAAAACUGCCGCCGGCACUCGAGCUCUCGACGUGCUGGCCUUGCCCGCGCCAACUUCGCCGAUUAAGGAGCGGAGAGAGAAACCAGCUGGUAAGCAGUGACAAACGCCACUCUGUCUACGCGCAAGUGACUGCAGUGUCUGUCGAUGCGGGGAGUUCCUGAUGCCGGCAUGCUACAACCAC